AGAUCUGUAAUUUUCUUCUCACGGGACACGGCUAUGUAAAACCCUGAAAAGAUCGAUUACCGAUCACUAGAUCAGCACCGGCUCCGUUGCUUGGAGUGUGCCUUUAAAAUUGGACAAUCUCUUAUAACAGUUGACACGUCUGUCACUUAGGAAGCAACACAAACGCAAUGGAUCCUUACCCUUCCUCCUCCGCUCUAAUAGCUCAGAAAACCUGGGAACUCGAGAACAAUAUAAUCACGGUGGACACUUCUCCAACCACCAAUUCUACGGCGGACGCCUCGUCGGAUGCGAUUUUCUACUAUGACGAGACAGCGCAGGCCAAGUUCCAGCAGGAUAAGCCUUGGGCCAACGAUCCCCACUACUUCCGGCGCGUUAAGAUCUCUGCACUCGCACUUCUUAAGAUGGUGGUGCACGCGCGAUCUGGUGGAACCAUCGAGGUCAUGGGCCUUAUGCAGGGAAAGACCGAUGGUGACGCCAUCAUUGUAAUGGACGCGUUUGCUCUUCCUGUUGAAGGAACUGAGACUAGAGUCAAUGCACAGGCAGAUGCUUAUGAGUAUAUGGUCGAGUACUCCCAGACUAACAAGCAGGCGGGACGUUUGGAGAAUGUUGUUGGAUGGUAUCAUUCUCAUCCUGGGUAUGGAUGCUGGCUAUCGGGUAUUGAUGUUUCAACUCAAAUGCUCAACCAACAAUUUCAGGAGCCUUUUUUGGCGGUUGUUAUUGAUCCAACAAGGACUGUGUCAGCUGGUAAAGUUGAGAUUGGGGCAUUCAGGACAUACCCAGAAGGAUAUAAGCCUCCAGAUGAUCCUGUUUCUGAAUACCAGACCAUUCCUCUCAAUAAGAUCGAAGACUUUGGUGUGCAUUGCAAGCAGUAUUAUGCUCUGGAUAUCACUUAUUUCAAAUCAUCUCUUGAUUGUCACCUGUUGGAUCUUUUAUGGAAUAAAUAUUGGGUGAAUACUCUGUCAUCUUCACCUCUCUUGGGCAAUGGAGACUACGUUGCUGGUCAAAUUUCAGAUUUAGCUGAAAAACUGGAGCAAGCAGAGAAUCAAUUGGCUCACUCCCGAUUUGGACCCCUAAUUGCACCGUCUCAAAGAAAGAAAGAGGAAGAAUCUCAGCUUGCUAAAAUUACUCGUGACAGUGCUAAAAUUACUGUGGAGCAGGUCCAUGGUCUAAUGUCACAGGUCAUCAAGGACAUCCUUUUCAACUCUGUACGACCAUCUAGCAGGUCGCGCACAGAGGGUUCUGGUCCUGAGCCAAUGGUGGAAAGCUGAUCAAGACUCACUAGCGACAUAACGAGGAUGGAUGUUCCCUCCCCUGCAGAGUUAGCAAAUUUUAUUAUGAAAAGGGAAAAAAAUGAGUGAAGAAAAUGACAUUAAAAACCAAGUUUUGGUGAUUUUGUUCCUCCUCAACUCAGGCAGAUGUAAAUUCUUUUUCGCAUCCAUCACUGAAUUGGUGGGAUUUAAACUUCUGAUAAUUUGGUAGUUUAUACGUGUCUAACAUAUUUACAGAGACUCUUUUUAGCUCUCUUUCGUUUGGUUCCAUAUGCAUAAGGACUGUUUGUUA